CACUACUCCAGCGUCGUCGACCGAUGCCGCAGGUGGGUGAAAGUGCAGCGCCGUCGCCUUGAGGGCCUCAGCACCCGCUUCCAGCGUCGCUCGAUACAGCUGCCAGUUAUUGUUGAAUGUUUCCGCGAUGACUCUUCCAUCACCAUCGUUGUAGCCUCUAAUUGUUUGACUCACUUGAAGGAGUUUUCAAUAUUUAUUUCUGAUGUAGCAGUUGGAGCUGUAAGAUGCUUCACUGAAUUAGACAGCCACGACCCUGUCAAAGUGACCAAAACCGUGGCGUGCAUUUGGUGGACACCAUAUAAUAACAUCAUUUUACAGAAAAAAUAAGAAGGAUGGCUGAUUGAGAAAGUAAACACCGGACUAGUAUAUAUAGAGACCAAUUACCUGUAUGUGCUCAUUAACCAAAGCAGAAAUUGUGACACAAUAUAGCACACACUAUGUACUAUUACUACAAGACCCCCAUUGAUAGAGUCCCUAUGCUUCUGCUGCUACUCUUCAGUUCCACAGUUGCGCUGCAAUUCCAAACCAAGACGAUGACUCUGCCAGGACCCAACUGCCUGAAGCGUUGCGGCGAUGUGGACAUUUCAUAUCCAUUUGGGAUUGGUGCUGGCUGUGCAAUGGAAGGAUUUGAGCUCAGUUGCAGCAAGACGGAUGCCCACAGCAUCUUGAAAUUCUCUGGAGAAAUUCCGGUGCAGACUAUAUUGUUGUCCGAAGGUCAGGUUCGGAUCAUGAAACACAUCUCAACCAUGUCCUACAACCCGUCGAGCAAGGAGAUCGACCAGGAUAUAUGGGGCAGGAAUCUCUCCGCCACUCCAUUUCUCUAUUCAGGGAAGUCUAACAUGUUUACGGUUAUCGGUGUCAACACUCUUGCAUACAUGACGGACAAUGUUGUGACAUGUGAUUAUUGGGUGUGUCUCGGUCCUCGCCCUACAACAAUCUCAUGGCACAAGAUGGGAUCUGCCGAGGUGCCGGCUGCUGCCGAGUUGGACUCACUGAGGACAUGUCCAACGACGUUCAACACAACAUAUCUAAACACCACGGCUUUUUUCGAUGAGCAUGCUGGCCGUGUCCCAGUGAUCUUGAACUGGGCAGUGGGUAAUGAGACGUGUGAUAUCGCGAGGAAGAAAAAUGGUUCAUAUGCUUGCCUCAGCACUAGCAGCAUGUGCGUUGAUUCCAGCAGAGGCUCAGGUUACCUCUGUAACUGCAUCAAAGGAUACGAGGGUAAUCCUUAUCUUCCUCAUGGAUGCCAAGAUAUCGAUGAGUGUGCUACCAACAAACCUCCAUGCGCCGGCUGCAUCAACAUACCUGGAAGUUUCUAUUGUCCAUCUCCAAGAUCCUUGAAUGUCGUCGCACUAGCUGUGGGUUCAAGUAUUGGGGCUGCAACUGUGGUCAUAGCCAUCACCUGCACGUACUUGUUCCAUGAAAGGAAGAAGUUGGCCAAGAUCAAGCAGAAGUAUUUCCAACAGCAUGGUGGGAUGCUUCUGCUGCAGGAGAUAAGCUUAAAGCAAGGAAUUGCUUUCUCCCUCUUCACUGAAGCAGAGCUCAUUGAGGCAACAGAUAAGUUCGACAACAAGAAUAUCCUCGGCCGUGGUGGCCAUGGCACAGUCUACAAGGGCACACUCAAGGAAGGCAGUCUGAUCGCAGUCAAACGGUGUGUAUCCAUGACCAGCGAGCAGCAAAAGCAGGAGUUUGGCAAAGAGAUGAUCAUCCUAUCCCAGAUUAACCACAGGAACAUCGUUAAGCUACUGGGCUGCUGUCUUGAAGUAGAGGUUCCAAUGCUGGUCUAUGAGUUCGUCCCCAAUGGGACACUGUUUCAGCUCAUCCAUGGUGACAAUGGCUGCCAUAACAUCCCCUUCUCGACUCGGUUGCGCAUUGCCCUUGAGUCUGCUCUAGCCUUAGCUUACCUGCAUUCAUGGGCUUCGCCUCCAAUCCUUCACGGUGAUGUCAAAUCAUCGAAUAUACUCCUUGAUGAGAACUAUUCAGCUAAGGUAUCAGACUUUGGGGCCUCCAUACUGGCACCGACUGAUGAAUCUCAGUUUGUCACACUUGUGCAAGGGACUUGUGGGUACCUAGACCCUGAGUAUAUGCAGACGUGCCAGCUGACAGAUAAGAGCGAUGUCUACAGUUUCGGCGUCGUUCUCUUGGAGCUUCUCACCGGCAAGAAGGCGUUCAACCUUGAAGGGCCUGAAAAUGAGAGGAGCCUUGCACUACGCUUCUUAUGCGCAGUGAAGGAGGGCAGACUCAUGGACAUCAUUGACAGCCGCAUCAAGAAUGUGAACGACAUCGGGCUGCUGGAGGAGGUCGCGGAGCUUUCGAGGCAGUGCCUGGAGAUGGUCGGCGAGAGGCGGCCGGCAAUGAGAGAUGUCGCCGAGAAGCUGGACAGGCUGAGCAAGGUCAUGCAGCACCCGUGGGUGCCUGCGCAACAUAACCCUGAAGAGAUGGAGAGCCUGGUUGGGGAAUCGUCUGUGGCCAGCUUGGAGAUGAUCGGCUCUGGUAAUUUCAGCAUGGAGAAGAGGAUCGUGCAAGGGCUUCUGGAGUCCGGGCGUUAAAUUUGGCCCCAUCAAGCAGUCAUGGCGAUCACAGAUACAGAUAGUAUGUAAGCAUGUUGCUUUGGGAGAAGUCAGUUGUGCGAUUCGCUUGAAUUCCACUGACGAUGUAUCAUGUAUCAGUAUAUGUUUGCGUUAUAGAAUUGACUGCUGUCAUUUUUUGUGUUUCUAGAAGAACAUUUCCUCUUUUUUGGC